CUGACUUCCCGGGGAAAGCUGGCCGCGUGAGUGGGUGUUGUUGAUAGUGAAUAUCUGUGUUUGUUUCAUCUUCAACAGAACAUGUCAGGCUUAGUGGCAUAUCUCCGUCAUGCUAAGGAAACACUGAGCUCCUGCAAGAAGGUCCAAGUCGUCAUGGGGAAUGAGGCUUGUGACCUCGACUCCGCCGUCAGUGCCAUCACCUACGCCUUCCUCCUGCACUCCCUAAGGGCGGAACGCGAGGACAAGGAGAGCGUGGGCGUGGUGGACAAGGAGGCCGUGGGCGUGGUGGACAAGGAGGCCGUGGGCGUGGUGGACAAGGAGGCCGUGGGCGUGGGCGUGGUCCCCGUCCUGAACAUCCCCCGACGCGACUUCCCCCUAAGGACGGAAGUGACGCACUGGCUCGGCAGACACGGCGUUUCCCCGGAGGUGCUGGUGUUCAGAGAUGAGAUUAACUUACACGAUCUCCACGAAAAAGGAAAUCUCCAGCUGUUUCUCGUCGACCACAACAUCUUACCAGCUGGCGACGCGUGUUUAGAAUCAGCUGUUUGUUACGUCAUCGAUCACCAUCGGCUGGAACGACAAGUCGGGGCAGGCCGUGACGAAAUCCUGCUGGAGAUGGUGGGGUCGUGCGCCACACUGAUCGCCGAACGGAUGCUGAGGGAGAACAGGUCUUCGCUCGAGGAUGAGAGGGCGGUCCGGUUGCUCCAUGGCACGAUCAUCUUGGACACGAUCAACCUGAGUGACGAAGCGAAGAGGGUCACGCCCAAAGACGUUCAGGCUCUCGAGGAACUGGAGGCGAUUCUCAAGGCGCCGCCCGACAGGAGGCAGAUCUUCGCCGAGCUGACGUCAGCCAAGGGCGACAUCUCGAGCCUGGCGACGGAGGAGCUGCUGAGGAAGGACAGGAAGGUCGUCGUCGGCGGGGGGGGGGAGGUCGUGGUGGGGGUCUCGUCGCUGCCGCUCACGGUGCAGGAUUACCUUCAGCGGGCCGACGUGGGCGUGUCUCUGGCGCAGCACUCCGACCUCCAAGGCGCCCACGCCGUCGUCCUGAUGGGGAUCAGCCUGGCGGGGAACUCCGUCGAGAGGGACAUCGCCGUGUACUCCAAGGACGAGGCAUUGAGGCGGAGUCUCACCCAGUACCUCGAAGACGCGCAAGGUGGCCUGCUGCAACUAGCAAGCAUGGACACGAACGUUGCACAUUGCAAGGCAUAUCAACAGAAAAACUGCGCUGCCUCCAGAAAGGUGGUUCUACCGCUGGUCAAAGAUUGGUUGGCUUCUAAGAAUCUCUAAGUAUUUUUUUUUUUAAAUUAAUGACGUAGGGAUUCUGUUUAUAUAAUUAUUUAUUUGUUUAUUGUCGUUAUUGUUGUUCUGUUUUUUUU